UGUGCUGGGCCUGGCCUCUCCCUCCUCAACUUAGGGCGGCGGCGGGCCCGCGCCCAGGCUCCCGGGCCAUGGCGCUGAGGGAGCUCAAAGUGUGUCUGCUGGGGGAUACAGGUGUAGGUAAAUCAAGUAUCGUCUGGCGGUUCGUGGAAGACAGUUUUGAUCCGAACAUCAACCCAACUAUAGGGGCAUCUUUUAUGACCAAGACUGUCCAGUACCAAAAUGAGCUACACAAAUUCCUAAUCUGGGAUACAGCUGGACAAGAACGAUUCCGCGCCUUAGCGCCGAUGUACUACCGAGGCUCGGCCGCGGCCAUCAUCGUUUACGACAUCACGAAAGAAGAGACAUUUUCGACAUUAAAGAACUGGGUAAAAGAGCUUCGGCAGCACGGCCCCCCUAAUAUUGUAGUUGCCAUCGCAGGAAAUAAGUGUGAUCUUAUCGAUGUGAGAGAAGUCAUGGAGAGAGAUGCUAAGGACUACGCCGACUCCAUCCAUGCAGUUUUUGUAGAGACCAGCGCAAAAAAUGCGAUAAACAUAAAUGAACUCUUUAUAGAAAUUAGUCGAAGAAUCCCAUCCACGGACGCGAGCCCGCCGGGCGGCGGGAAGGGCUUCAAACUCCGGCGACAGCCCUCAGAGCCGAAGCGAAGCUGCUGUUGACAGAGCCGCAGACUCGGUGCUGAAGUAGGUGGUCCCGAGGGCGAGCAGGAGGGCCGGGCCCGCCACCAGGCUCACCUAGCCGGUCUGGGGCCUUCGUGCAAAAAAAUCAGAAAUUGACCAGUUCUGUUUCCUCUUUGAAGACCGCAGCGGUAGUGUUUGUCCGUGGACUUCUGUCCCGUGAAGACUGUGGUGUGCAAAGGGACUGCAUCACUGGCUUUUGAUCUUGCUGAAAAGGAACAUAUAAUUGUAUGGCUGGUAGGAUUAAAUUGUUGAAUAGUUUUGUAAUCAGGAUUUUAUGUAACAUUCGUAAAGGGAAAAUUAGCACUUUUGCGGUUCUCGGGGGAAAAAGACCUUGUGGAGAUUAUCAUUUCUUCAGUUCCCCAUUACCACUGUUUUCGGGAGUUGUGUCAUUUAAAAUGUGGUGGGGUGUCCUUACGUGGAGGGAUGGCAGUCAGUAUUUGAAGCUGAAGUGGAAUCUUUAUGGGACCGAUGGAAAUGCUCUCAUCCCCGUCUCCAAGGCACUUUCCAUUGACCGCAGGAGCCCAGGGAGCGUACAGCGAAUUAAUGGCCACAGGCCGUAGCUCGCCCUAGGUUUGCAUUCUGACCCUGUCCUGUUUGUGUCACCAAACACUUUACUGGCACCUUUUUUUAAUAAGCUCUCAUGAUCAGGAUGGCGGUGGUACAGAAGUUGCCUGGAAUAAAUUGAAUUGCAUAUGUUUAAACAGACUGACAAUGGUUUUAAAAGGUGGAGAAAGUAUAAAUGCUGUCAAUUUUUUAUUCAACCCGAAUAUUUUGGUGGGGAAAACAAUUAUCACUUGCUUAGCAUAUGUAAAGUUGUAGUCUAUAUUUAUGAGACCAGUGCUUAAAAAUUAUAAAUUAUGUAAAUACAUUAAUAAAUUCUGUGUUUCAUUCAACACUUCCUGUAACCUUGCAGCGCCUGGCUUGUGCCCACCUGGUGUCCAGCCUGCCCGCGGGCGACUCAGCCCAUCCACAUGUGCGACAGCGCGCAGAGCACUUCACUUGCCAUCUUUAGAGAUUUUUCUGCCUUCCCACCCCUCCCACCCCUCCACCCCGUCCCCAAAUCCCAUCUGGGAUUCGGAGUACAGACAUAUGCCACUUUGACAGGCCUACCUAGCCCUUCCUAGCUUUGGGGUAAAAAAUUAAGCUCCAAGCUCAGGUCAUUAACCUGGUCUUGGUACUAAGUUUCUUUUCGCUUUUACGGGGACCUCAGACCAACUGUUUAAAGAGCGCUUUCCUCGUUAACGAUUUAGCGUCUCUCUCCUUUUCCUUCAUUUCCCCUGCCUCCGUUCGUGGUUAACACUCUUUUCCUUCAGGGAACCUAAUGAGGUUUUUAAUAUAAUCUAAAACUAAAACACUGAAGAGAAGUUGGUGAAAAUUUGUCCCUGGUCUAAUUUGGCACCUUUCCAACCCGGGUAUUGUAAGGGAAGGAAAUUCACAAGAUUAAAUAGGAAAUGAAACAGCUUGAAUUUCAAACAAAAUGGUGUGUUCAGAGCGAUCCUUAAACUGAACAGCUGAAACUGUUAAAAAUAAUUGUUAUUUCUUUGUGUACCCCACUUGAUAAGAAUAGAUUUUAAUGGGAAAAUUAUAACUCGGAUUAAGUAAAAAAUGAUUCCCUUUUCCCUGGUGAAUAUCUUAAGCAUUUGAAAUUGUUUAUUUUCUUAUUGAAAUCAUACAGAAGGAAUGCAGUUAGUGAAAGUUCUAACUUUUUUUAAAAGUGCAUGUGGACUCUAUCUGCCGUCCCCCCCACCCAUCUUGCUUCCUUCCCCGUAUGAAAUUAGCAAGCUUUCAGAGAAAACACGAGAUUCUGAGAGCGGGGGCCCCUUACACCUGAAGGUGGUUUGACUUUGUUUCGUAUACAUCCAGAUUGAGCGGUGCAUCUGGCCACUGCCUUGGUGUGUCCCCAGCAUUCCCACUGCUGGGCCUCUGUCUCCACGACAACAAAAUAAAAACAAAGGUUGCUUGACUCAUUACUGAA